UUUGUGAAUGCCAAUGACGCAAUCACAGGACACCAAUCUAGUGGUCGAUUUUCCCAGUUGUCUUUAUCGGGUUUCUCUAGCUUUCAUCCUGGUAUUGCAAACUUAUCAUGGCGGACGUUUCAUUUCCUUAAUUUGCUUAAUUUGGAAAACUGUGACUCAUUCUGCAGGAAGACAGUUUACAUAUUAAGUUUUGACAUUGAAGUUGAGCACUUUGACUUACAAUCGAAGUGUUGACUUGCCAGUUGACAAAUAUGCCACCACCAAAGAAGCCUAAAAGUGGACCCACAUCUAUCGAGCAAUUCAUGUCGACCGACGAAAUCCGAACGACCAGCGAUGAUGAGGAUAUGCGGGAGAGGACCGGAUCCUGCUCAUCGGAAUUGUCCGUGAUUUCCGAGAAGAAUGAGAACGAGAAGGACUUCGGGGACAUUAAGAGUCCGUCGGGGUUAAAACUGUUGAGGGACUUGAUCACGAAGAAAGUGGAGGAAGAGCAGCGAGUGCCCGGAUCAUGUUCCAGUGGUAGAAGUUCAUGCCAGAGUCUGUCUCCUAGCAACGAAUCAGACGACCCCUCGCGUGAGGAUUCCCGCGCUAGCGCGACGGCCAGCCUCACUACCGAGGAGCGCAAGAAACAUCCUCCCACCGCCUCCUCGCCGAUCUCCCCGAUGGCGGGAAGCGUGCUGCCUCCUUUUGGAAACAGCGGGAACCCGCAGACGGCGGCGACUUCGGUGCGAGGGAGCGAGCGUUUGAUUAACAGCAUGGUGGCCUCUAGUUUGAUGUCGGGUUUCCCUACCAGUCCCACAACGACGACCUACUCGGCGUAUUUCCCUUCGUAUCUGUACGGACAGUCUUUGCAAAGCUCCUACUAUCUGAACAACUUUGACUCGGAGCCUCGCGAUUUGUCCACCAAAAUUCAGAAGGAAAAUCAAAAUCGUGCAGACAGACUCUUUGAUCGUAGUUCCAUAGACUCGCAAGUUCAUCGAGACAUCGAACAGAGACUUUCUGCUCACUUUGGACUCGGGUCGUACGACUCGCUGACAGAUCGCAAGGAUCUGGACUCGCGAAAGAACUUGGUUGGGAUUCUUACAGAACCUCGAUAUAACCACUUACGAUUCCCCCUGAGUCCUGCGGAUCGAGAAACUGCAUCGUUUCCGUUCUUCGUAAAUGGAUACGAGUCACGAAGAGAGUCUAUUGAGAAACUGGUUCCCAAGGAGGAGAGCCAUGGUUCCCACCACUCCCCUGGAAUGGUGCCCCAGGGAAGCUUUUUAUCCAUGCCCUACAUGAUGCAUAAUCAGGUUCCCUCCUCCACUACCCUGGAGUUUCGGGACCAUGAUGGGCGGAUCCUACCCCUACUCGACCCCUCCCUAUCAUUUGCUGAUGGCAGAAAACUGAAGCAUGGUGCAGUUUCAGCUCAUGGACCAAAUAAACUGUGCCAGGUUUGCAGUGACAACGCGUCAGGGUUUCACUAUGGGGUGUGGUCAUGUGAGGGGUGCAAAGCCUUCUUCAAAAGAAGCAUUCAGGGGCCUGUAGAUUACGUGUGUCCAGCCACCAAUACCUGCACCAUUGACAAACACCGACGGAAGUCUUGUCAGGCAUGCAGAUUACGCAAGUGCUAUGAAGUUGGAAUGAACAAAGGGAGCCAGAGGAAGGAAAGGAAAGGUAGCAUUUCUAUGUCCAAGCCAGCGGCCACCAAACGGAGUCGUGCUGACUCCUCGGACAACACCGUUAAUUCCACGAGUGGCAGCCCCAACCCCGCAAAGUCGGCCAGGAAGUCUCAGACAGUGACUAUCCUCCAGGCCCUAAACAAGGCAGCGCUGCCCGUGCUGGAGAGCCACCACAACCAUGGGCAGCCACCCACAAAGGUCCACCUCCUGAACUCUCUGGUCAAACUGGCCGAGAGGGAGCUAGUCCACCUCAUCAACUGGGCCAAAAAUGUCCCAGGUUACACAGAUCUCUCUCUUAGUGAUCAAGUCCACUUGAUCGAGUGUUGCUGGAUGGAGCUCCUACUUUUAAACUGCGCAUUCAGGUCUAUUGAACAUGGAGGCAAAAGCCUAGCAUUCGCCCCUGACCUUGUUUUAGACAGGUCCUCCUGGAGUACUGUAGAAAUGACAGAGAUCUUUGAACAAGUGGCAGCGGUUUCUGAACAGAUGAUGCAAAACCAUCUCCACAAAGAUGAGCUUCUUCUACUACAAGCCAUGGUGCUCGUUAACGCAGAGGUGCGACGUCUCGCAAGCUAUAAUCAGAUCUUUAAUAUGCAACAGUCUCUUCUGGAUGCCAUUGUGGACACUGCGCAAAAAUACCACCCGGACAAUGUCCGGCAUGUACCAGCAGUUCUUCUGUUACUGACCCAUAUACGACAGGCCGGCGAACGGGGGAUCGCGUUCUUUCAGAGACUCAAGUCCGAGGGCGUUGUGACUUUUUGUGAUUUACUGAAGGAAAUGCUAGAUGCACAAGACUUUUUAGAGAAGAAAUCUUCAAAUGAGGGAGAUUGAAAAUUUCAACAAAAAAGUGUAUGUGUAUUGUCUCAAUCACCAUGGUGAUCCUAGUGUAACUAAAAUGACCUACGUGAUAUCGUGAUAUCCUGACUCCUUUUGGCUGCAGAUGCGUGCAAUGAUAUUUCUGAUGUACACAUAGAGGAUGAGAAAUUUAAGAAGAAGAAGAAGAAAAUAAAAAAGAAUAAUUAUGCAUUUAACGUUGAAAAUGUAUAUGUAUAAUGUGUUUGUAAUUUAAAUUCAACAAUUUAAAAAAUACUACAAACAUUUAAAUGAAUUUUAAUACUGCAUGUGGUAUAAUGUCCUGAAUUUCUAUUGUUACAAUGUAUUGUAUAUAUAUCCGAUUCUACUGAACUUUUUUUUCUGUUAUUUUUAACUAAAAAUGUUAAGGGUGUUUGGUAAGGGAAAUUGAUUCAUGACAAAACAUUUUCAGGAUGUGCAUUGCAAAAUUUUAAGAGCAUUUUUUUUUUUACAGCCAGUGUCUACAUAUACAUUGUAUACUGCAUUUUUAGAUUCCAGGUGCACUAUGAACAAAAAGCAAUGGUUUUAUUUCUAAAUUGAAGUAAAUAGAAAAUAGAUUUUUGCUUUUAUCUUGUCAUAUAUCCCUUCAUCUUCACGAAAUUCAUUCAUCAAACUUUAAAAAUCCCCAGCAAGUGGGAUUUUUUUUCAAUUGUAUGUUAAUUGUCCUCUUGAUAAAAAAAAAGAAGAAAAAAAAAAGCUGGAACAGAAACAUUCAGCUCUAAACAUUUUUUUUCAAUGUACGUGGCACUAUAUGUAUCAAUUAGGCGAACAAAUUGUUAUUUAUAUUAUUAGAAUGUUUUUUCCUUGUGGUAGCUUAAAGCUACAGAUAAGAGAACUUCACCAUGUCAAUUGGGGGCAUUUUAAUAGAAAGAUAUUGCAUGGGUGUAUAAUUUUAUUUUUUUUUUUAAUGUUACUAUGUGAAAUGUGAGCAUAGUUGUCUUUUCUUGUUGAGCUAAUUCUUUUGUCUGCUUUAAGGUGUGGUACAGGUGUUUUGUAUUCCCUUAACAAUGUACAUAAAUGCACUUGUUUGUGUUAAAUUCACAUACAUGUAGUAGUGUUAAAUGGAAAACUGGCUAUGAAUAAAUACUUUUUUUUUCUAAGCAUGCACCAAAUGUAAAUAUUUCUGUUUUUAAAAAAAUAUAUGAAACUUCAAUUUCUUUUUGUAAAUGCAUUGAAAAAUCAUUUGUUUUUUUUAAACAACAGUUUAUGGGGUUUUUUUUUUUUUAUCAAAAUUAGGAGUUUUAUUAUAGAUAAUUGAAAUUUUUGUCUGGGAUAUUAAAAGUAUGUAUACCCAUAGAUCAUGAAAAUUCUCAAUUUCUUUCUAAAAUUAUAUCUGGAAAACAGCGCAAAUUAACUCCUGGAAAAUUAUUGGCCGAGAAGGACAAAUAUUGUUUUCUCUUCAAAAUAACAAGUUUUAUGUAUUUUUUUCUUGUUAUGAAUCAUGUUUGUUGUUAUAUAAAAGUGCUAUUUGAGUUUCAGUUACUUUUGAUUUUUAUAUAUGUGUAGGCCUAUGUAUUAUAUAAAUUGAUACUUUGUCAGACAUGCACUGUGGAAAAAAAUGUUGAAAAUGUUUCGAUGUGGGAUUAUAAACUAAUUAAUUCAUAUCUUUUAAAAUGUUUCAAUGAUAUUCAUUCUAAAAGUCAUAUGAUCUUUAAAAUUUUAUUUAUCAGGGUUUUAAUUAAUCUUUUUAUAUGUAUUUAUUGUAUUAAAAGUGACCAUUUUAGAAAUCUUGGAAGAAUUUUUAAGCUGCAUGCUCUAGCCUAAACAAAUUUUAGUGAAGUAUUUUCAGUUGUUGCUUGAUUGUUGCAAACAGAAUUACAGUGUUAUAUUUUUUCAGUAUUUUUACCAUAAUGUCUAUACAUAUACUGAUUCCUUGAAAAUUUGCUGUUAAAGUUAAGACAUACAUUAACCAGUCUAUUACAAAUUCAAGCUACAGUAAAAAAAAUCUCAUAUGAACAGAGCAGUUGGAUUCAUUUUAAACCCAAUUAGCUUUAUAUCCCUCAAUUUGAUGUUUUUAAUACUAGAGAAAAUGAAUUUAGUGACUCACUGAUAGUGUGAUAUUUGCUAGCAUAACACUGUUUUACUGUAGCUUACAAAAUGAACUUUUUGCUUUUAUGAUAUGAUGAGAGGCACACUUGUAAAAUUUUUAAUUCUCUGCAAGAUGAAGCUGCAAAUAUUUUUCAAGCUCCUUAAUUUUUCUUCGUCAACUUCACUGGUACAAAUUGUAUGUCCUCUCUUAGUCGGUUGCUUUGUUUUGAAUUAAAUUUGUUAUUAUGCAUUUAGAUAGGGCAAAGUAGAAUUGGGGUCACUGUGCUUUGAAGGAGCAUGUUUGGAAUUGGCCUGCAUGACAAAUUCUCCAAAAAUGUGUGGUGGGGGGGGGGGGGGUACAGUACAUUAAAAUUGUUUUACUGGAUUAAAUAAGGGGUCUGAUAGCGUUUUUUAUAGCUUUUGUCUUGAAUAAAAGCACACAAAUAAAAUGAAAAAAUUAGGUUAAUGGAUUUUUUUCCAUGGGUCUUUAAUGCAUUGCAAGUCUUAGAUGUAAAUUGUCUGAAAAAAAUGAACAAACAAGAAAAUAGGGGGGUUAUUUGGUUGACAAAACAGAAAAAAGGCGUGCAUUUCUGGUAGAUAAUUGUUUUCCUGUUUUUUGAUCAAGCAUUACAUAAUAUGUUGAAAGGGGGAGUCUGUUUUUAAGAGUACAUAUCCACUUGCGACCCAGAAUAAGUGCAACAGACUUUUCAUUAUUGGCUCUAUGUUCUUGAUGUCCUCUUGAUUAGCAUUUUUGUCGUGGGGGCCAUUUCCAUGCAGGCGCAGUUUUAGCAAAGGUUUCUUGGUGCAGUCAAAGCCCCGCCCCCUUUCUUGACAUUGGUGCAGAUUAUAUAUAUAUAUAUAAUUAUAAAUAUAUAUAUAUAUACAUAUAUAUAUACUAUGUUGUUGUUAUGAAGGUUGUUCAGAACCUUAACCAUGUACUGUUAUCUAGAUAAAGGGACAUUGGAUCUGGCUAUGUGUCAUUCAUCCAUAACCCCUAAAUUCAUAUUGUAGUUUAAUAUGUAUUUUAAUAAAAAAAAAAUUCAACUUU